AUGCUCUCCAGCGACACAAUCGCCCAGUCCUCCGAUCUCUCCUGGCCCCCAUCCACUGAUUCGGCCAACAAGCGCAGCCAGUCACCAGAAUCGUCGCAACCUGAAGUGCCCGACAACUGGCGCGGAUGGGCCGAGUUAGAGAAUGAUCCAGCCAUAUUCUCAACUCUCCUUCGCGAAUGGGGUGUGCCUGGGGUUGAAGUGCAGGAGAUCAUCGAACUGGACGAUCUGCUGACGAGAUCAUCGGACGACGUCUAUGGACUGAUUUUGUUGGCGAGGUGGGUAGCUCCUGAGGAGAACGCUGACGUCGACGUACCCGCCGACCUAUGGUUUGCAAAUCAAGUCUCGAGCUACUCAUGCGCAUCGGUUGCCAUUAUGAACAUCAUCAACAACAGACGAGACCUCAAUCUUGGCAGCAGCUUGAAUGAAUUCCGACAGAAGACCAAAGACAUGACGCCAAAGGACAGGGGGACCGCUCUGGACUCGUUCGACUUUGUGCGUAAUGCACACAACUCAUUCGCAACAGAGAUAGACAAGCUCAAUGUAGAGCAUUUACUUAAAGACGAGGUAGCCAAGUGGGAGCGCAAGGUCAAGGCAGAGAAUAAGACUAACAAUGGUCAUCGCCACAAGCGAAGACGGGUGACCUUUGGCAAAAAGAAGACAAUCACAGCGGAUGAUUACGAAGAAGAGAAUGGGUUCCACUUUGUGGCGUACGCUCCUUGCCGUGGCACGCUAUGGAAGAUGGAUGGCUUGGAAGUACUUCCGAGGAAGCUGAAGGAAGCUGAAAAUGAGAGCUGGCUAUGGGUAGCGGCGGCCGACCUCCAAAAUCAGAUGCAAGUAGCUCAAGCAUCUGGCUUUGAGUUCUCCUUGAUGUCUCUGGUUAAGAAGCAGGACAACCUUGGCGAUCUGUCGGAGAUCGAAAACAUGCGACGUACUCGCGAAGACUGGGGACCAUUCAUUGCGCACAUGGUCAAUUUGCAUGCGGAAAAAGGCGACAUUAAAGAAUUGAUGAAGUGA